CCACAGUGGUUUUCUAAGGUGGCCAUUUCUGACUCUCCACGGGAGGUUGCUAUGGCAUUUCCUCACCUGCAGCAACCCAGCUUCCUACUGGACCUUUGGUUUACUCAACCUCUGAGCUCUGGUUUUCUUAUCUACAAGAUGAAUGAUUCAAAUGCCCUUUUCCUACUUCCCAGGAUAUGGGGAGGAGCAGGCCAGCCUGAAAACUGACUCUAUAAAUAAGCCCUUUGCACAGAGGUGCCAAGACUUGGUUAAAGUCAUUGAGGAUUUUCCAGCAAAGGAGCUGCACACCAUCUUUCCGUGGCUGGUAGAGAGUAUUUUUGGCAGCCUGGAUGGCAUCCUUGUUGGCUGGAACCUCCGCUGCUUACAGGGGCGCGUAAACCCAAUAGAGUACAGCAUUGCCAUGGAAUUUCUAGACCCUGGUGGCCCAAUGAUGAAGUUGGUUUAUAAACUUCAAGCUGAAGACUAUAAGUUUGACUUUCCUGUCUCCUACCUGCCUGGCCCCGUAAAGGCAUCCAUCCAGGAGCACGUCCUCCCUGACAGCCCUCUGUACCACAACAAGAUCCAAUUUCCCCCAACUGGGGGUCUCAGCCUGAACCUGGCACUCAAUCCGUUUGAGUAUUACAUAUUCUUCUUUGCCUUGAGCCUCAUCACUCAAAAGCCACUUCCUGUGUCCCUCCACGUCCGCACUUCAGACUGUGCCUAUUUCAUCCUAGUGGACAGGUACCUGUCGUGGUUCCUGCCCACCGAAGGCAGUGUGCCCCCCCCACUCUCCUCCAGUCUAGGGGGGGUCAGCCCCUCACCAGCUCCCAGGACUCCAGCCAUGCCCUUUGCUUCCUACGGCCUCCACCACACCAGCCUCCUGAAGCGGCAUCUCUCUCAUCAGACAUCUGUGAAUGCAGACCCCGCCUCCCACGAGAUCUGGAGGUCAGAAACUCUGCUCCAGGUUUUUGUUGAAAUGUGGCUUCAUCAUUAUUCCUUGGAGAUGUACCAAAAAAUGCAAUCACCUCAUGCCAAGCUGGAGGUUCUGCACUACCGGCUCAGUGUCUCCAGCGCCCUCCACAGCCCUGCCCAACCCAGCCUCCAGGCCCUCCACGCCUACCAAGUACUGACUGCUCCUGUUUUGUUCCUCAUCCUCCCCCAUGGUGAGGCGUUCACACCUACCGAGGAGCACGUGCUGGUGGUGCGCCUGCUGCUGAAGCAUCUGCAUGCCUUCGCCAACAGCCUGAAGCCCGAGCAGGCCUCCCCCUCUGCCCACUCCCACGCCACCAGCCCCCUGGAGGAGUUCAAACGGGCUGCUGUCCCGAGGUUUGUCCAGCAGAAGCUCUACCUCUUCCUGCAGCACUGCUUUGGCCACUGGCCCCUGGACGCGUCAUUCAGAGCUGUGCUGGAGAUGUGGCUGAGCUACCUGCAGCCGUGGAGGUACGCACCUGAGAAGCAGGCUCAGAGCAGUGACUCCCAGCCCCGGUGUGUGUCAGAGAAAUGGGCGCCCUUUGUCCAGGAGAACCUGCUGAUGUACACCAAGCUGUUUGUGGGCUUUCUGAACCGUGCGCUCCGCACAGACCUGGUCAGCCCCAAGAACGCACUCAUGGUGUUCCGAGUGGCCAAAGUCUUUGCCCAGCCCAAUCUGGCUGAAAUGAUCCAGAAAGGUGAGCAGCUGUUCCUGGAGCCAGAGCUCGUCAUCCCCCACCGCCAGCAUCGGCUCUUCACAGCUCCCACGUUUACUAGCAGCUUCCUGUCACCGUGGCCGCCGGCUGUCACUGAUGCCUCGUUCAAGGUGAAGAGUCACGUCUACAGCCUGGAGGGCCAGGACUGCAAGUACACCCCAAUGUUCGGGCCUGAAAUCCGGACUCUGGUCUUACGCCUUGCUCAGCUUAUCACGCAGGCCAAGCAGACGGCCAAGUCCAUCUCUGACCAGUGUGUGGAUAGCCCAUCCAGCCGCUCCUUUUUGUCAUGGCUGGGCUUCUGCCCUGUGGAUGCAAACAGCUCCUACACAGCUAAUGACCUAGAUGAGAUGGGGCAGGACAGCGUCCGGAAGACAGAUGAGUACCUGGAGAAGGCCCUAGAGUACCUGCGCCAGAUAUUCCGACUCAGUGAAGCCCAGCUCACUCAGCUCACACUGGCCCUGGGGGCCACUCAGGAUGAGAACGGGAAGAAGCAGCUCCCUGACUGCAUCGUGGGGGAGGACGGGCUCAUCCUCACGCCCCUGGGCCGGUACCAGAUCAUCAACGGGCUGCGAAGGUUUGAAAUUGAGUACCAAGGGGACUCGGAGCUGCAGCCCAUCCGGAGCUAUGAGAUCGCCAGCCUGGUCCGAGCACUAUUCUGGCUGUCAUCUGCCAUCAACCGCAGAUUUGCAGGUCAGAUGGUGGCUCUGUGCUCCCGGCAUGACUUCCUCGGCAGCUUUUGUCGCUACCACCUCACUGAACCUGCACUGGCCAACAGGCACCUGCUGAGUCCCGUGGGGCGGAGGCAGGUGGCCAGCCAAGCUCGGGGCCCCAGGCUCAGCCUGCGCUUCCUGGGCAGCUACAGGACGCUGCUCUCGCUCCUGCUGGCCUUCUUUGUGGCCUCUCUGUUCUGUGUUGGGCCCCUGCCCUGUGCUUUGCUCCUCCUCCUAGGAUACCUCCUCUAUGCCAUGGCCAUGACGCUGCUGACCGAGCGGGGGAAGCUGCACCAGCCCUGACAGGGUCAGCCGAUGUCUCCAGAGCAGACGGGGUGCAUUUGCCACAGGCCCCUCCCUUGGGCCUGAGAGGCCAAGGGAGGCCUCUUCUAGGCCAGAGCCUGUUCAUCUUGGGGCUUCUAGGGGGUGUUUUCCCACAACAGUGGAGUCAUCCGGAAGAAACUGAACCGAGAAGGGAGAGCAGUCCUGGUGACGUGACAACCGAGCCCAGCCGCCGGCCCUGCCUGCCCUCUGCUAUCAAGGCCUUUCUUUUUCAGUAACUGUUCUAGGAUUUUGCCGUGUAAAGCUGAACAGCUAGUGUGCUGAUGGCCGGCUCUGGGUCUUGUUCCCUCUGGAGGGCCAUCCCCAGCCUUGGCCUCUCCCCUUUGGCUGUCCUUGAGCAGGGCAGGUUGUGACGUCUCCUCUGCCUGGGUGAUUCCAGGAAAGCUGCUCCACCUCCACUCCAGCGAAGAAUCAAAGUUUCUAAGAGAUUCCUGAGAAAACUAGAUAGUGGACCUCCUCUGAUCUCUCACUUUAAAGCUACAUUUUGCCACCACAUUUGGCAAAGCAUAGUCAUUCUUCCUGUUCUCCCAGCUGUUCCAAGGCAGGGCCGUAGAAUUCCACUUCUGAAAAGAUGAAGACUCUCUCAGCGCACAGGAACUUGACAGGACAGUGCUUCGCCCCUGAUCCCUGAGCCAUUGAGCAGGAGCAGCAGCCCAGUGUCGCACCCCACUGUGCCCUGUCAUGGCUGGACGCUGGCCUUUGGUAGGCAUGGGGGCCACACACGGUUGAUGGAAUCAGGUCCUACUGGCUUUUGGGCUACAACCAAAGAUGGUCAAAGCAUUGUUUGUAUCUUCAAUAAAAUCAAGUGCUCAAGACACAGGAACCUUUUGAUAACAUUGACGUAUUCAAAAUAUACACCAGUUAUGUGUUCACUAUCAAAAACAAAUCACAAGGCCCGGCCCGUGGCUCGCUCAGGAGAGUGCAGUGCUGAUAACACCAAGGCCAUGGGUUCGGAUCCCUAAAUAGGGAUGGCCGAUUAGCUCAGUUGGGAGAGUGUGGUGCUGAGAACACCAAGCCAAGGGUUAAGAUCCCCUUACCGGUCAUUUUUAAAAAAAAUAAAUAAAUAAAAAAUCACCAGAGUCUCACACCUUCAUUCAUCCUGCAGAUGACGCACCAGUGAGACCAGCAUCUCAGCGGUGAUUUUUAAACUAAGGCUUUGUUUUUGGUGUGUGUGGGUUUUUGUUCUUUGUCUUUUUUAACAUUUUUCAAAUUGUAAAUGUUGGGCUUUAUAGUUGAUGUAAACUCAGAAUAAUGGCAUUUUUGGGCCUGUGACCAAAAAUCAAACCCAUCUUAUAACUGACGAUGGAUCUGA